ACCUGCAUAAGCUUUGCACCAGCAAUUAGCAAUACACGCUACAACGGUAACAGUUUAUUUCUAAUAAGGUCCACCACUUACUAUCCAAGAGGACUCAAUUUAACUGUAAAUUCGUGUGGGAAGCAGAACCAUUCUAGAAUGAAAUUAGUAACUUCGUGUAUAUCACUGGUUAUUUUUGCGUCCGCAGUCUACAAUGUAAUUGCGGAUGAUAAAAAAUGUACUGUAAAGCGUGCAGAAUUCACGCCAUUGACCAUAUCUCCCUCAUUCGUUCCAAUCGUCGGAAAUGUUCCAAUCACAAUACAAGGUCCUUCCAUCACCGGUGCCGUCAAAGUUGAAAUCCGAUUCCAUGAUGAAACUGUUAAGACAGUAACUGGAACAAUAUCAGGGGACAAGGUAACCUGUUUAGUGCCGUUUUUAAACACGAACGGUCGAAUUAAGGUGGACAUGAUAGUUACUAGCAGCACUAGUACUGGUGAAACGUACUACGGCUUCAUUUACACCGAGAAACAUCGCAGUGAAAUGAAAUUUGAACUUGUCAGCAAUACUCAAAUCAAACUUUCUUGGGAUAAGACGAAGUUCGAUGCAGGCACCCCGCUAAAAUUGGUGCUGUUGGAGGUGGUUGGUGGAGUUUUUACUUCUAGAGGUGUGAUCAAAACGAACAUCCCAAACAAUGGCGCCUUCACAGGGAAUCUCGAUAGCCAGGGCUCAACCAUAGUUCAAAACUUAAGGAAUACUUACGUUGUUCAAUUAGAAACUACGGCCAAGUCAACUACUACGACUACCAUUAACAAUCCAAUAAUUUCAAAUUAUCUGAGUCAACUCACAACGAAAAGUCAGGCUGAGAUCGAUAAAAUGUGUCUGGAUUGGUACAUUGUGGAUAAUGGUGUUCCAAAAGACACUGAACCAUGUCCAAAAACUUUAGAGCAAGCUAAGGUUGAUGAACGCUUUGAGCCCGUUAAUGACUUGAAGCCAUAUAAUCCUGAUGCAGAAUUCGGCUUCUUGCAACGUACUCCAUCCAAGAGUGGUGCUGCCCAGCGUUGUGUUUACAAAGGUGGAAAACUAUUGGUUGGACCUCCGAGCGGUGGUAAUGUGCGAAAAGUUAGUCCUAAUGGUCCUUUAGGAGAAUGGCACCACUUCGCUGCAGACAUAAUGCCAUGGUUCCUGUGCUGUAAUAAUAACAAGGCCAACUGUAAGCUGUACUACGAAAGGAGACCAUCCGACAAUGGUGAUAAUUACAAACCGCCGUGCUGUGGAACAGUCUGUGGAGACCCGCACUUCACUACAUUCGACGGAUUUUACUAUACUUUCCUUGGACUCGGAGAGUUCUGGGUUAUCAAAGGUCAAGAUAACAUUUUCUCGAUGCAAGGAAGAUUUACCCAAUAUCUAAACACAGGAGCAACCGUCUGUACGGUGUAUGUGAUGCAAUAUCGAGGCUGUGAAGGAGUUGUAACUAUUCAGCUGUCCCUGAAGAAGGACUACAUUGAGAUAAUGAUUGAUGGGCAGAUAGUUGCAUUUGACUCGAAGCCCAAUCAGCCUAAACGUACCAUUGACUAUAACGGUGCGUCUAUUGCAAUAUAUUCACAGAAAGAUAUUAGGAUUACGUUCCCCUCGGGAUAUUCGUUCAAAUUUACCUAUGACCCCAAUGUUAUCAACAUGAUUGCUUUACUGAGUCCUGAACUGAAAGGUACGAUCAGGGGUUUGUUUGGUAACUUUGAUGAUAAUCAGGAGAAUGAAUUUACUUAUCCUGAUGGAAAAGUUAUUCCCAAAAAUUCGAACGCAAAAGACAUCAACGACUUCGGGAUGAGCUGGAAAAUUGAUUGUAAAGACAGUUUGUUUACAUAUCCAAGUGACAAAGGUUAUGAGAGCUUCCAUGACGAUAAAUACGUUCCCAAAACCGACCCGAUAGACGUCGAUAACGUGCCACCGAAGGUUAAGGAAGUUUGCGGAGAUAACUAUGAAUGUUUGUUUGAUUUCACUGUUACUGGAAAUGUAGAGAUGGCAACCAGUACUCUGACAACUAUAAAGACGUUUACUAGCAUUAUUCAAACAUUCAGCGUUUCGUGUCCGAGAAUAACUGUUCCGAAAAAUGGUUCCUUAGAAGUUGUUAAUUUUGCUGAAGGAAAUACCGUCAAACUUGUUUGCAAUGACUCAUUUAAACUUAAGGGAAAUGAUACCAUCAAAUGCAUUAGAAGUGCAGGUGGACAACUGUCCUGGGACGGAACAUUGGGCGAAUGUACAAAUUCCUGCGCAAAUGAGAACUCAUGGUUACAAUGGCUUUGUGAACAUGGAUUUUCUACAUCGUAAAAACAACAACGUAGCGACAAAAAGCGCGUUAAAUGAUCGAUGGAAAUAGUUGAGAAUUUUGAUUAAAUAAACGAAUGUUACAUACAA